AUGGAAGAAGCAGACAUUUCCAAUUUCUCCACAUCUUCCUCCCACCGCCUCCCCACUAUAUCGGCCUCGCAAGCCCUCCAAAAUGCCGCUUCAUCUCUCAACAAGGCCAUUUCCACCAGCCUCCCCAGACUCGACCAGUCUCUUCUACCCGUAACCACUACCUCUAACGGCAGUCCAAGUAUCGGCGGUCUCCCACGAGGCCAAUUAACUGAGAUUUAUGGUCCCCCCGGCGUCGGAAAGACAGCCUUGGCUAUGCAACUCGCCUGCAAUGCCCUCCACGCUGGGAACCGAGUCGUAUGGAUCGACACGGGUGCACCGAUCCCAGGGCCGCGCUUCCAGGACAUCCUGCAGUCCUACAGCGGCGUUCCCGCCGGGCAAGACCCCGCAAGCUCACCACCAAUCUCAAGGUCCUUAGACGACCUCCUCGACAAGUUUACGUAUUACAACAUCCACACCCUCCCCCACCUUCUGGUCCUGUUCCUCCACCCGACAGCCCUAUUCCCGCCCCCAGACACCGCAUUGAUGAUCAUCGACAACGUCUCCGCGCCCUUCGCCACCGCGUUUCCCAGAUCUACCCCCUCCUCUUUGUUCUCCGAUAAUGCCAACGUCAAGACGAGCAGCAGUUCUCUCGAUAUCGCGCGGAAGAACAAGCUCCAAUGGGCCGCGAACCGCAAGUGGGUCGUUGCGGGUGACUUGGCGGCGGCGAUGAACAAGAUGGCCGCGUUGAAGAAGGUGGCGGUGGUGGUGAUCAACCAGGUUGCGACGAGUCUGAAAGGGGUCAAGCGGGCGGUGUUGAAGUCGGCUUUGGCCGGGACGGCUUGGGAGGUCGCGGUGGCGAAUCGGGUCGUGCUGUGGAGGGAUUUUGCCUCUUACAGCGAGGGUGGCGCGGAUGCUCUCAGCUCUAUUGCGAGAGGUUUACGGUUCGCCGAGGUGGUGAAGGCGGGUGGCAAGGUAAGGCCGGUGGGGGAAGGAGAUGCCGUGCCGUUCAGUAUUGCCCAGGAAGGCCUGCGGGAGCUCAGACGCCCCCUUCCCAUCUCACCAACGCUCGAACCAAAUCAACAGCUCAAGCCACAGCCACAGCUACAGCCACCACCCACGACCCUCCCAACAACCACAGCAUCCAACCCCAAUACGACGACCGCGACCAUAACCACAAAGCGCAAAGCGGAUGAGAUCGCCGACAGCGAAGACGAGCUCCUCGUCGGAUCAGACGACGACUUCGACCUCCCCCCGGACGACGACGACCUGUUUGAUGAAGUGGUUGUGGGGCUGUCGUAG